AUGGAUGGGGCUGUUGCAAUACAUGACAAUUUUGAUCCUUUCACUGAUGAGGUGUUUGAUGAUGGCAAAGAUGAUGACAAUUAUUUCAUCAACUUAUAUAGGAAUGGUGAGCUUUACAAAGAUGCAGAAUUUGGCAAGAUUGUCCUUAAACCUUGGUUGUUAUUUACUGAUAAGCAACAUGUGAGGGAUGUGGUGAGGGAUUAUUGUAUUCAAAGUGGCUUUUCAGUCAUAGUUGAGAGGGCAACAAAUAGCAGGUACACUGUCAAGUGUAGUGCAAUGGGGUGUGAGUGGAGACUACACUCAUCUCAGUUACCUGAUGGAAUUACAUGGGCAAUUAAGUCCAUAAAAAAUUCUGAACACACUUGUUCUGGGUUAGAUGUGAAUAACCCAAUGGUGAACUGUGCAUGGGCUACAAGGGUGCUGAUGGAAGAUGUGAGGGCCAACAAUGAUAUAUCAGCAAAGUCCCUAAAUGCUAUACUUUUCCAGAGGUAUGGUGUUCAAAUGGCCCAGAGUACACUUUAUAGGGUGAGAACACAUGCUUUAAAUGAGAUUCAUGGGUCUCAUGAUGAAAGCUAUGCCUUACUUCCCAAAUACUGUGAGAUGAUAAAGAGCACAAACCAAGGAUCUGAUGUUCAUUGUGCAUGGGUUGAGCUAGCAGAACAGCCUGAGAAGCCACUAGUGUUCAAAAGCAUUUUUGUUGCAUUCAAAGGUGUCACAGAUGGUUUGAAAGGGUGUAGGGGAUUGAUAGGUGUUGAUGGUGCACACCUUAAGGGGAAUCAUGGAGGUGUUCUGCUCUCAGCUGUAGCCUUGGAUGGGAACAAUGAGUUGUUCCCAUUUGCUUGGGCAAUUCUAACUGCUGAAGACUCAGACAGCUGGAUGUUCUUUGUCUGGCAUUUGAAAAACCUGUUGCAAGGCUUGGGAAGGGGAGACAGUUGGUGCAUAAUUUCAGAUAGGCAGAAAGGAAUUGAUGUGGCAUUGACUGAGUGUUGGUCAGAAGUUGAUAGGAGGUACUGCUGCAAGCACCUUUGUGCAAAUUGGAAGAAAUCUUUCCCAGGGCCAUUGUUAUUCUCUUUGUUUUGGUUGACUGUUGGGGCAAAUUCAGAAUUCACUUUUAGGAAAGCAAUGGAAAAAAUGCAGAAGGUUAACCCACCUGGAAGAAUUUGGUUUUCAAAGUUAGGUGAACAAAAGAGGUGGACCAAACACAAAUUCAACCCUGAAUUGAAGUGUGAUGUCAAUAAAUCUAAUUUUGUAGAGAGCUUUAAUGCCACUCUAGGGAUAGAUAGAUGCAGGCCUGUCCUUACAUUACUUGAAGGCAUAAGAAGAAACACAAUGGUUAGGAUAGCCACAAGGAGACAAGUAUGUGAGACUUGGGAGAGGCAGGACAUUUUCCCUAACAUUGUCAGAAGGAUUCAACAGCUCUGUCAAGAGAGUAGGACUUGCAUACCAUACAUGUGUGGUGAAGGAGAGUAUGAGCUAACUGGAAUACCAUGUAAGCAUGGUAUUAGGGCCAUAAUUCAUGCAAGGUUAGACCCCCACUCAUUUGUAAGUGAGUGGUAUUCUGUGAGCAAGUACAGAGAAGCAUAUAGCUCUGGUAUUAGAUCUAUACCAGAUGUAGAACAGUGGCCAGACAUCAACAUGCCAGCAAUUAAGCCACCAACCAUGAAAAGGGCCAUAGGGAGACCAAGUAGGGAGAGAAAAAGGGUUGAUGAUGAAGAUAGAAGGGCAAAAGGGCUAAGACAAUCAGAUGCAAUUCGUCUUAGAAUUCGCUUUGGACUUCAUGACAUUGGACUUCAGCAAGCCCUUGUCAGCCAGAUGCUCCAAAGUCCUCUUGAGACUAUAACAGUCGUUGGUGUCAUGGCCCACCUCCUGAUGGAAGUGGCAGAAUCUAUUCUUGUUCCGCGACUGAAUGGAACUCUUCAUAGGAUUCGGCUUCUCAAUAGUCAGCCGGUCCUUCACCUCUCUAAAGAUGGUGUAACAGUCUUUAUUGAUUUCAUACUGUGA